AUGACGGGCACCUCCACCUUCACUGUACCAGCACAACAACACCAACUCGCCAUCAUGGGAAAGUCGCGACGGAAUAGAGAGCGGUCGCAUCGCUCCGAUCCGGUGGCUAAGCUAAAGGGCCCGCCGGCGGACCCGGAGCUUGCAAAGCUGCGCGAGGUCAAGAUUCUUCCAGUCCUGAAGGACCUGAAAUCUGCGGACCCGAAGCUGCGUACCACUGCCGCCGGCGCGAUUGCAAACAUCAUCCAGGACCAGAAGUGUCGGAAGUUGCUUUUGCGGGAGCAGAUCGUCCAGACCGUUCUGACAGAGACCCUGACCGAUUCCAGCCUCGAGAGCCGUUCCGCGGGCUGGGAGGUCCUCAAGGUCAUUACCCUUGAGGAGGAGAGCGACUUUUGCGUGCACCUGUACAGGAUCGAUGUCCUGACUGCCAUAGAACAUGCCUGCAACACUACCACCGACGCCUUGACAUCCUCGGGCCCAGAGUUUGCAAAGUCACCCAAGGCUCAGCAGGGAUUCGUCUGGAACAUAGCUGGUGCUGUGGCUUCACUUCUGGAAAAUCUCGGCGAGGCCCAAGAUGAGAUUCUUCAGGCCAUCACCGCCAACAAGAAAAUCACCCGAUUCUUGUUCAACCUUGUGGCGCACGCGACCACGCCUACAGAGGUUCUCACGGGCGGGCUGACAACCAUGUUGACCCUGUCUGAGGACAACAGGUCCUUCUGUGAAGAUAUCCUGAACGACCAGGCGACGUCGUGCUACAAAAAGCUCAUGAAGCUUUCCGAGUCUGGUGGGCUCAAAGCGGCCCUGUCGUGCGGGAUUCUUCACAACGUUAUCACCUCGCUCGAGUGGCACGACCACUCACGCGGCUUGGAUUCCGCCUGCGAUGCAAUUCUCAUUCCUGCCCUUUCUCGUGAGCUCGCGUCGGCAAGUCUGGACGCGGAUGGCGCUCAGUGGGACGUCUUGCAGGUUGCCAUAGAGGUCUUGGCAUCUAUAGCCACGAGCCUGCAGACCACACUGGAGAAGGGGAAUAAGGCGGAUGCGGAAUGGAACGGAUUCGACGACGGUGAAGAUCAUGAAAUGGAGGGUGUUGUUGCCGAAGACGAGAAGAUGGACGAGGACGGCAUGGACGAAGGAGGCGACGAUGACGGCGGCGAUGGCGAGGAUGAUAGUGACGAGGACGAAAUGGACGAGGAUGAGCUCUUGGCUGAUAUGGCCAAGGUUACGGGCGUCGAUCACGAGCCAGAAGGCCCUUCGACACUGGACGACCUUCCUACCCUGAGCGCCCUCGUUGAGAAGGCAGUACCGUCGCUAAUCCGCCUAGCGUCGUCAUCACCACGAUGCGAAGAGGCGAGUGCGAUACAGGCCGUUGCCCUGUCAGCCCUGAACAACCUUGCCUGGACCAUCUCCUGUGUCGAGUUUGCCAACGACGGGAAUCAGGCCAUUUUCAAGCUCUGGCUCCCAGUCGGCUGCGCGAUAUGGGAAAAGGUUGUUGCGAGCAUCAUCUCCAACGACACAGCCGACGUUGAACUCGCCGCGCUUGUGACGAGCCUCGCAUGGGCGGUCUCGCGAAGCCUCGGUGGCAAGACACCACUUAAGGGCGACGAGCAUCGCAAGUUCAUCUCGCUCUACAAGGCGUCGCAGGGCAUGCCUAAGCCCGAAGAUGAGGGGCCCGAGGAUCCAUUCCAGGGCCUCGGGGUCAAAUGCGUGGGCGUGCUGGGGCACCUAGCCAGGGAGCCCUGUCCGCUGCCUACGAACCGCGACAUCGGCAUCUUCCUCGUCACCGUCAUCACGUCGGCAUCCGAAGCGCUGGCUGCAGACGUUGUAGAGGCGCUUAACCAGCUCUUUGACAUCUACGGGGACGAGACGCUCGGAUGCGAGGGCGUGUUCCGGAAGGACAAGUUCCUAGAGCAUCUGGAAGGGGCUGUUCCCAAGGUGAAGGCCAUGGUCAAAUCGAUCGACAAGAGGGGGCAGCCGGAGCUGAGGUUGAGGGCCGAGGAGGCUGCCACGAAUCUGUCGCGAUUCAUCACUUACAAACGUAAGCACCAGCCAAACUAG